CCGGGGCCGCGGGGCCGGGCCGGGGCCGCCGGGCGAGGAGGGGCCGCCGGGGCCCCCGUGCAGCCCCUGCCAGGACGUGGCCGCGACGAUGUGACCUACAUUGGUGGCACCAGGUCCCCAGGCUGCCGUGAGGCCGCAGGAGUGGGAGUGGGGCCGUGCCCGCGGGCCAUGGCCUGCCCGGCUCCAUGGCUGCACCACACACAAACAGAGCUGCCGUGCUGGGGCUGGGACUGGCACGGGCUGCAGGGGGAGGAGGAGGAAGGCGACGGCUUUGAAAGGCAGAUGGAUGAGGAUGGGGUCGUCAGCCUGGGGGAGGAUGCCGGGAGCCCACCGUGGGGCGACGGCAAGGACCUGGAGGAGGGGUCCCCGGCAGAGGAGGGUCCCUGGCACCCGCGGCAGGAGCCGGCGGAGGCAGAGGAGGAGCUGGGCAGCUCUUCGGAGGACGAGGGGCCCUGGGGGGCGGAGAGCGACGGGGAGCCCUACGCCGAGCUCUCCUACGAGGGCCGGUGGGGCUCGGGGUCCAGCCCAGAGCUGUCGGACGCCAGCCCCAGCCCCACCAGCCCGUCCCGCCGGCAGCGGGGCCGGGGCGCGGCUGGGGGCGGUGGUGGGGGGCAGGGGCUGCGCCACAGGACUCGGCUGCCCCCCAAGCCUGGGCGACCGGCACAGCCCCUGAGCCCCCAGCAGCCACCCGCGGGGGUCCGGGGGCCGAGAGACCCCCCGGGAGUGGCUGAGGGCAGCCGCUACGGCCAAGGGCGGCUCAACCACCCCCUGCCCGACCUGUCCAAGGUGGAGCCGCGGGUGAAGUUCAGCCGGAGCUACCGGCCGCCACGGGGCCGGGUCCCGCCCCAGCCCAGGGCCCCCGCGGCCCCCGGCACCCUCCGGUCCCCGGCCGACAUCGUCCGGGAGGUGCUGCUGAGCAGCGGGGAGGGGGCUGCCCCCCGGCCCCCCGCCUCUGCCUCGCUGCCCCAGGAGCUCAGCUCGCCCCGACAGGCCACGGCUCUGGUCCAGCAGCUCCAGGACGACUACCACAGGCUGCUGACCAAGUACGCCGAGGCUGAGAACACCAUCGACCAGCUGCGCCUGGGCGCCAGGGUCAGCCUCUACGCUGACCCACCACAGCCCAGCCGCAGCUUCACCGUGGGCCGCGUGGGCACGGGCUGCCCGGUGCUGGCCCUCAGCAUCCCGCAGGCCAGGACAGCAGCCGUGGGCACGGCCCCGGCCCCACCGUCCUCACCAGGUGCAGCUCCAGCACCGAGACCGUCAGAGCCGGGGGGAUCAGCCCAGUCGCCGUGCCCAGCUCCGGCCGGCGGGGGCUGCCCCAGCUGCGCGGGGCCCUGCGGCUGCGGGGGGUCCCGUCUGACGCAGACCCUGGCGGGACAGACCCACGAGCUGCGGGCACAGGUGGAAUCCUUCGAAGGCUGGGUGCGGGCAGGGAGUCCCACGGCGGAGGAGCAGCUCCAGAGGUUUGGGAGGCUGAGGGCUGCACAGGCCGCGCUGGAGCGAGCGUACCUGGGAGCUCGGCAGCAGCACCCGCCAGCCUCAGGCCGCUUCGACCCGCACCGCACACUGGAAGGGGACAUCUUCUGCCUGGGGCUGCGCCUGGAGGAGCUGAAGGAGCGACUGGAGCCUGGGGCCCGGCAGCAGUUCCCCCCACAGCCCCCCUGUCCCCCCCCACAGCCCCCCUGCUCCCCACAGCCCUGCUGCCCCCCAGCCCCACACCCCGAGAGCCCUGUGCUGACAGAGGGUCCCCGGGGCCCGGCGGGGGACGGUGGGGCCGUGACGGGGCGGUUUCCCCGGCCCCUCUGGCACAAGCGGCUCCAGGUGGAGGAGAACUUCGGUGACCUGCUGGAGCAGUACAGGCACGUCAAGUCCCUGCCGGAGCGGCUGCGCCUGGAGCGGCUGAGCCUGGAGCAGCUGAGCCUGGCAGACAGCGCGUCCCCAGAGGAGCUGGAUGGGCCAGCAGCAGGGGACGGUGGCCCUGGCGAGGUGCCCUGCAGGGCCCUGUCACUGCAGGAGGGGGCCAGCCCCGAGAUGUCCCCCCGGUCAGCGCUGUGGCAGGACGAGUGCCCCAGGCCGCCCCCCCAGAGGAGAGCCAAGCCGCUGCCCCCCGGGAAGCCGCUGAGGGCAGGGGGCACCCGGGGCCAUGAGCCCCCCACCACCACUGAGGAGGCCAUGGCCACGGCCCAGCUGCCCCCGGGGCUCCCCACGGCCCCCUCCGGCCACAGCAGUGCUGGGGGGGGCACCACCGCCUCCCACCAGCCCCACAUGGAGCAGCGCAUCGUGUCACCAGAGACAGACAGCGGCUUCGUGGGCUCGGAGGGCAGCAGGGUGUCACCCUCCGGGCACCCCCUUGGGCACCGGGCCCCCCACUCUGGGACCCCUGUCCCUGCCCCGCUCUGUGCUCUGUGGGACAGGGACGUGACCCCGCUGCGCCGCGAGACACGGCUGAUGGGCACCUACCCCACGGGCAGGCAGGGGGACACGGGGCAGCCCCCCCGGCCCCCCAGCACCCCCUCACAGAGCUGCUGCCCCCCGUGCUGGGCCGAGAGCGGGGGCAGCGAGGCCGGGCCCGGCGCUGCCGGCGCUCACACAGACUCCGAGGCAGAGGGCGGGAGUUGCACCAGCACCAGCGGGCAGCCCCCCACAGCCCAGGGCCCAGCCAGCCCCUCACCAUCCUCCGAAACGCCAGCCCCUGGCCCGCCGGCCCCCGGCCCGGCUCCCCGCGACCUGCUGGGCGUCCGGCGGCGGCGAGACCGCGCCGUCCGGGAGCUGCGCGACGAGGUCUGGCGGCUGCGGCGGCGGCUGCAGGAGGGUCUGCGCCGCCCCCACGGACCCCCCCGGGGAACAGCCCCCCCGGGGGCCGCCGGAACGUCACCCCCCGCGCGGCAGCCCAGCCCCCCGGCGCGGGGCAGAGCGGCCCCCGGGCCGGCAGCCGGCAGCGGGAGGUCGGCAUCGCUGCCACGGGACGGGCCAGGGCUGCACCUCGGGACACGGCACCAGGCAGGGACACAGCACGAGAUGGGACAAUGGCACCAGGCAGGGACACGGCACCAGGCAGGGACGCAGCACGGGGUGGGACAAUGGCACCAGGCAGGGACACGGCACCAGGCAGGGACGCAGCACGAGGUGGGACAAUGGCACCAGGCAGGGACCCCGCGCCCCAGCCCAGCCCCCCGAGGAGCGCCGGGCAGCACAGACUGGCCCCAGUACCACGGGAGCAGGACGCCGGCAGGCGGCUGCCGGGCUGCCACGGGGCAGCCCCAGCACAGCACCCCGAGGGGCACACGCUGCCCAGCCUGCCGGGCAUCCACGGGGGCUCCUGCGCCUGGUGACGGAGCCGGGGCCGUGCACGCAGAGCGUGUCCCCGGGGCUGUGUCCCCCCGUGGCUCCCGCUGUGCUCCCCGAGCCCAGAAGCUGCAGCAGCCCGGCCUUUGGUACUUGGUGGCCAACCCCGGGGCCAUUGGCUGCCUCACGCCCGUCCCGCUCGUGCCUUACGUGCCCUCCCUGCUCUGCUGCUCCCCGGCGGUUCCUACCUCAGCCCCGGCCAUGCCCGGGGUCUCCCCACAGCACAGCUCGGGGCAGGGACGGGCCCAGCAGCGCCCCCGGGCACCCACCGCUGCCCCCUCCCGCGGGCCGCAGCUGGAAAUGGAGCUGCAGGAGCUGCAGGAGCUGGAGCAGGGGCUGGGCCGGGCACUGGAGGCUGCGCAGGGCCUGAGGCAACACACUGAGUGCCUCAGCCGGGCCCUGGCCAUGCAGCUGGGCCAGGCACGGGCUCUGAGGGGCUCCAGCCUCUGCUGAGGGGCUCCAGCCUCUAUUGAGGGGCUCCAGCCUCUGCUGAGGGGCUCCAGCCUCUAUUGAGGGGCUCCAGCGUAUCCCAAGAGCCCCGGUGGCACCUGCCAGACACUCCCUGCUCUUGCAGCCAUGGCAGGAGGAGGAGGUGGGUGCCCCCCUGCCAUCAGAUAGGGGGCACUGGGGCCGGAGGCAUCUCCACAGGGCCCUGCCCCAGCUCCCAGCCAUCUGCCCCUCUGCAGCACCACCCCAGCGGGGUGCCCAAGCCUGAGACGUGGGCAAAGGCUGUUCCAAACCUGUGCCAUCCCCCAGCACCCUGGGCUGCCAGCACGGCCCUGGCAGGGGGACACUGACCCCUGGGAGCAAGGGAGAAGCCCCCUGCCCCUCCUCCAGCAGCCCCCACCCCCAGCGGAGCUCUGACCCAGCACAGGCUGAGCCCCAGCUCGGGGCAUCCUCUGGGGACUCAAUGCCCAGGCUCAGUCCUGCCCACCCUCACCCUGUGCCCUGCCCUGGGCCCUCGGCCCAGCCCUCUCCUCCCUGGGCAAGCUCUGUCUGUGGUUCUGUGUGAAGAGGUUUUGUGCUGAGGCAGCUCAGCAGCAGCUCAGUCACCCUCAGGGCUGAUGGAGGGGGUGUGGUGGGAGUGGAGAUGUGUGUUUGUGCCUGCAUGGGUACCCGGGUCUGUUCUGGUUUGAAUCUCCAGCACAAUCCUUUGGGCACUGGGGAGGUGUUUGGCCAUCCCUGGGUGUGACAGCCCAGUGUCACCCGGGCACAGAACUGCAGGACCUGGGCUUUCCCUUGGGAUUGCCAGGGCAACUGGGCUGGGGGGGAAACAGCCCCCUGAGACCAAGGCAGGGGCAGAGCGCGGGGUCUGCAGAGCCCUUGUGCCUCUGGGCUGGGGCUGGAAGGGGUCAAGGGCUGGUUUUUAGUGACAGAAUGUGGUGGGAGCAGCCUGGGCUUGGGCACAGCACGUCAGCACCUGCAGCCUGUGCCCCUGGGAUGGGUCUGGGCAAAGGCCCUGCGCUGUGCCCCGGCGCUCAGCCUGCAGUGCCCAGCUGGGAGUGUCUGAGAACAGCCCAGAGGGCCCCUCACACCCUUGUGUUUCAGUUGUUGUUGUUGUACAAAGACCCAGAUUUGGGGGAGGGUCACAAACACCCCCAGCAAGUUACUCAGGUCCAGGAGGGGAUUUCUGUUUCCUCCCCUCCCACCAUGUCCCAGCUGAGCCAAAGCUGCCCCAGCCCCAGCCCCUGUGUGCUCAGCUGGCUCAGGAGCAACAGCCAGGAGCAAAGAUGAAGAAUUUUUCCAUAUGUCCUAUUUUGUAACGCCCAGCAGAGCUGUUCAUGUGUUUUCUACCGAGAUG